CCUUCAAAUCUUUGUUACACUUUCCUUUCUCCUGGGUUUGAAGAUUUCAGACAGAAAAACAAAUUAAUCAAACCCUGAAUAGUUCAAAACUUUUCUUCUACAAGAAUGGCUUUCUGGGGAAUUGAAGUGAAACCGGGAAAGCCCGUUACUCAUUCUUUUGAUAAAGUACGUCGAAGGCUACGAAUUUCCCAGGCCACACUGGGAAUCGGAUCAGCAAUAACAAAGAGUUUAGUCCAAUGUAAUGUGGGGAACAAGAGUCCUGUUUUUCUAUGUGCAUUAUUGCCUGAUAAGACAGAAUCAUGCCACUUGGAUUUGGAAUUUGAGGAGGCGGAUGAUGUGGUUUUUUCUGUUAUUGGUCCUCGAAGCGUUUACCUUACUGGUUACUAUGUUAGCAAUGAUCAGCAUCCAGCUCUGAACAGUGAUACAGAGUCGUAUGGCGAGGAUAUUGCAAAUACUGAGACAGAAGAAUCUGGUUUACGUAGUGAUGAGGAUGAAUAUGAAGAUAGCUUUAUUGAUGAUAGUGAUCCGGUGUUGUCACCACCUUCACCUGAUGGAGUUGUUAAGGAGAUGGACGAUGUGAAGGAGAUGAGAGAAAGGAAAGGCAGUAAACGACUGCAAGGGAAGAAAUUUGUUAUAAUUGAUUCUGAUGACGAAACUACUUCUCAGGAGAGUGAAGAUGAUGAUAAUCACCUUAUAUCUGCAUCUAAGAAUAAUAUGGUUGCAAAAGACAAGGUAACAGUUGAAACAAUUGCUGAGCCAGCAGAUUGUGGUGCUUCUGGCCAUGAAUCAAAGGAAAAAGCUGAUCCUGUUACCAUGCCAAAAGAACCGAAGAGGAAAACCCUACCAUGUAAUGCAUCAUUUCCUGCUGAUGAAGUCAAAUUAGAUAAAGAGAUGGAGCCAAAGGAAAUCAGGUGCCUCUCCCAGGAGGCAGAAACUUUUGAAGAUAAUUCUGUUAACCCUAUUGAUUCCCCUGUACAUCAAGUUCACGCAAAUUUGGCAAAGGUUGAUGAUGCAUCUGGGAGUCUGCAUGCAAGUAAAAAAGAAGAUAAGAGCGAACUUGCUCCUGUAAACAACAAAAAGUCGAAGAGAAAAAGGAAAGAACAAGCUGAUGGUGACAAAAUUAUUGAAGGCAGCAAUAGUAAUCACAAGAAGUCCCUAAAAGAGGAUAAAGUCAUGCAAGCUGUAGCUGAGACUGAUAACAAGGAACAAGAUCUUCCUAUGCCCAAUGAAUCUAACCAAGAACCAACUAUUAAUGGGAAAAUUGAUCUUGAUGGUCCUAGUUCAUUGCCUCAUCCUGAGAAAGACCAACCUUCAAAGAAAAGAAGGAAAAAGGGUAGCAUCAAAGAGAGGUCUGAUGGAAGUAAUGAUGCUACCUCUAAAAGAAUUCUUGUGGAUGAUCAGUUGAAGGAAAAUCUCCUAAAGGAUGAGAAAAUUGUCAGUGAUAUGCCUGCAACAACUUCAGAAGAUAAGAAACAGACUGCUGAUGAAGGCACAAACUUCGACUUUGCAGCUGAAGGAAAUCAACUUGAGAAACCCAAAAAGAAGAAAAAGAAGGCCAAAACUGUUGACAAUAAAGAAAACAUGAAUGUGAGUGGAUCACUUUUGUCUGAAAAUGAGUCUAGAGAACCAUCCAAAUCAUGUCAAGUAAGGACCUUGUCAAAUGGAUUAGUUAUAGAGGAGCUGGCAUUGGGCGAACAAGAAGGAAAAAUAGCUGCUAUUGGGAAAAAGGUCAAAGUUUAUUAUACUGGCAUGCUAAAGGAGAGUGGACAUGUAUUUGACUCUAAUGUUGGCAACUCCCCCUACAAGUUUCGUCUAGGAGAUGAAGCAAUUAUUGGGGGAUGGAAUAUUGGUCUCGAAGGCAUGCAUGUCGGUGAUAAGAGAAGACUAAUCAUCCCACCAGCAUUGGGUUAUGGGAGCAAGGGAGCUGGAGAAAAUGUGCCGCCAAAUUCGUGGCUGGUGUAUGAUGUUGAAUUGGCUGGUGUCCGUUGAUAUAAUGGUUUUAUUUCCACAAAGAGGGGGAAAAAAAAGAACCUCAUGCAAGGAGAGGCAGCCUAAAGUAAAAUGGUGUUUUAAUUUGGGAUCUGAAGUAAGCUUGUUAGAGUACUAGAUGAUCAAUGGGUUCUGAAAAGAUGUAUUUUUGUGUAACAAUGGAUCAUGCAGGAGGAUUUUAUUGUGGAACACAUAUGUCUGUAGUGAUGCUAAAAGCUAGAAGGAAGACAUUGGGGCAUCACCCUGAAGAAUAUUGUAUCAUCACCCUACCUCAAUCCUGCAACGUUAUUGAAUCUACAAAUUUCUUAUCUUUGCCAAAG